CGAGAAAGGGGGUUGCCAAGGGAACUGAGGCAUGGGAUGCCUUCCUGGAAGGGCCCGGCAGCGGCAUGAGGGGCCCCAACUCAAGAUGACCAGCCCAGCCCCAGCCUGGCCCCUCACUGCCUCCACGCUGGUGCUCCUGCUGCUCCUGCUGCCCUGGGACCCCAGCAGGGCCACUGAGCCCCCAAGCUGCACCUUCCCUGACAGCCCCAUCAGCUCCACGUUCCUCCAAACCAUCGGCAGAUUGUCUGACUACUUGCUCACGGAUUACCCUGUGGAAGUCCCUGAUAAUCUCCAGGUGGAUGAGCGCUGCCGGGCCCUGUGGCACUUGUUUUUGGCCAAGAAGACCCUCGACCGCCUGGAGCUGGUGGCUGGGCAGGAGCUGAAGAAACUCCUGGACAAAGUGUGCGCUGAGAUCAGCUUUGUCAGGAAAUGCUUCUCCGAGGCCCUUCCUGUCUGCCUCCACUUCCGCAAGGCCAACAUCUCUCACCUCCUCCUGGAUAUCUCCAGCCACCUGGAGGCCCUGCAGCCCCUCAUUAGCAGCCAGGACUUUGGGCCCUGCCGGCGGCUUCGCUGCCAGCCAGAGCCCUCCACUGUGUCUACACUGCCCUCCCCUGGAGGUCUCGGGGCCCUGGGAAAUACUUCAGCCCCCCCCAAACCCUCCACCUUCCUUCUGCUGGCCCUGGGGGGGCUGCCAAUCCUGCUGUUCUUGAUCCUGGUGGCUGCCUGGAGGUGGAAGCAAAGGAAGAGGCAACUGAGGCCCCCAGGAUCUCCCCUGUCCCCCAUACCCCAGAGCCCCCCAGACUCUGUCCCCCAGGAGAGGCAGCUGAUGGUGCUUUGAAAGAAGAUAUCAGUGUCUGGUGGGCCUUGAAGGCCAAGCCCAGGAGCUGAGACCACCUCCUGCAGGAAGCCCUCCAUGAGCCCCUCAGGUUCAGACCAGCAGCAGCGGCAUCUCUUGCAAGCCCGAGUGCCUCUCCUCCCGGGACUCUGGUGCCCCUGCCAACGGGCACCUCCUGCCCCUUCUCUGUCCUCCAGAAAGGGGGUGCUGGCAGGGUCCCCUGCGCCCCCCAGAGCCAGCCCAGAGGAUGUAUAUAAAACAUUUUCCAAU